AUGCCUCUAAGUAAAGAAAAAAAGAAGCGACCAGACCAUUCUGGAAAUGAAGAAGGAGAUGAGAAUUCAAGCGAUGGUAUUCGCCGAAAUGGGCGCCGUGAGAGGACAUCCUUCAACAGGAUUCAACUCGAGCACUUAGAGCGAGUCUUCCGAGAAACUCAUUAUCCUGACCUCUACAAAAGGGAAGAAGUGGCUAGGGCAAUUAAUUUACAGGAAGCUAGAGUACAGGUAUGGUUCAAAAACAGAAGAGCAAAGGACCGUCAGUUGAAGAAGACUUAUCAGUUACAGAACAGCGGUAGAACUGCUUCAGGGUCAUCUUCAAACGAAAGUCCUCCUCCUGAACCGAAAGUUGUUGAUUUGAAAUCCAUACCACAAAUUCCACUACCUGGUACACCAGAAUUUGAUCAACGCAAUGACUCAAAAUAUCUAAAUGUAAUUGGCGUGGGCCAGAAAAUGGAGAAGGAUGAGCACAAAUUAGUGGAUAAUAAGUACCCAAGCAAUUCCGCUACGCCAACGACUUGGACGUAUCCUCUUCCGACUGCCAAUUAUUCAAUCUACAGUAACUUCUACGCCACGCCUCCUAACUACUAUCACCCGUAUGGAUACACAUCAGACUAUACACCACAAAAUCCGUCAUAUUGUGGACAACUGUAG